UAAAAAAGCUCUAUAACAAUGGAGAAUUACUUGGAAAAGUCAGAUUUAGCUACAGAAGAGAAGACGGUCAAAUCAAAUUAUGGUGAUGAAGAGAGUAGUAAGGAAGGAAAAACAAUUCAUGUUAAACAAGAAGAGAAUGGCCCAAAGCAGCCUUCUUCCAUGGUAAACAAUUUAGCUUCAUUCAAACAUGAGGAUCAGCUGAGAUCAACAAAAGCCCAAAUAGGUGAGGUUAGGGAAGAAAAUGAAAAGUUAAAGCAAUUACUAUCCAAGAUUGUGAAGGAUUAUCAGUCAUUACAGAAGCAUUUCUCUAAAGUUAUGCAAGAAGAAACAACAAAGAAAUCAACAAAAAGAAUACGUUCCCAUGAAGAAAAUGAUCGAGAACCUGAACUUGUCUCUCUUAGCCUUGGAAGAAGUAGUUCUAGUGAACUCAAAAAGGAGGAUGAGAAAAAAAGCAGCAAUGUAAGUGAUGGAAAUGAGGAAUUGAAUAAUGUUAAAGGACUUUCACUUGGGCUGGACUGUAAAUUUGAGCCAGAUUCUUUUGCAACUAUGAAGAAGAAUAACAACAAUAAUAAUAAUCCAAGCUCUGAAAGUAACAGCUUUGAUGAAGAAGAAACUAAGGAAGAGGAACCAACUGAGACAUGGCCGCCAAGCAAAGUUUCAAAGAUGAUAAAAAGUACAGAAGAUGAAAUGUUGCAACAAACCCAGAUGAAGAAAACUAGGGUUUCAGUCAGAACCAGAUGUGAAGCUCCCACGAUGAAUGAUGGAUGUCAAUGGAGAAAAUAUGGGCAGAAAAUAGCGAAAGGAAAUCCAUGUCCUCGGGCAUACUAUCGUUGCACAGUCUCACCAACUUGCCCUGUGAGAAAACAGGUGCAAAGAUGUAUAGAGGACAUGUCAAUUUUAAUAACAACCUACGAAGGAACACAUAACCAUCCUCUUCCACUUUCUGCCACAGCAAUGGCUUCAACCACAUCAGCAGCUGCAUCAAUGCUACAAUCACAGUCAUUUUCAACCUCAAACACAUCAUCAAUUUCUGCACCAUCUUCUUUCUCCACUUCCAAUGCCUUAAACUUCACUUUCUCCCACAAUAUUACAAAACCACAGCAAUUCUUUUUCCAAAAUUCUUCAAUCUCAACCAACAACUCACACCCUACAAUUACUCUUGACCUUACUUCCCCAACCAAUACUGCCCUAUUUUCUUCUUCUUCUUCUUCUUCUUCUUCUUCUUCAUUAUCAGCUCCAAAAUACUCUCCAACGUGUCUCAACUUUUCUUCUUCUUCCUUUGAUUCUAGUACUCUUCAAACUCCAUGGCCCAACAUUAAUGGACACCACCAGCCCUACCCUAUUAAUUAUCGAAACGUUAAUGUACCCCACCAGCUCUACAAUAACCAGACUACUACUUCUUCUUCUUAUCAGUCUUUGACAGAGAGCAUUGCAGCUGCAACCAAGGUGAUUGCUUUAGACCCUGGUUUCCGGACAGCCUUGGCGGCAGCGAUUACAUCCUUUGUCGGUAAUGGAGGCAACAAUGCCGGCAGUGGUGGUCAGUAUCACACUAAUUUGAGAUCUCAGGAAAAAGGAAGCUUGGUUUUGUUUCCGUCUUCAUUGCCAUUUUCUGCUUCCAAGAGUUCUUCUGGUUCUCUUGAUGAGAGUCGGGACCGUAACAAGGGCUGAGGUUAAAAAAGAGAAAGUAAUUAAUGUAAAUUUUUAAAUUUAUCACUUUUGUUAGGUAGAUUGUAGAUUAUUUUUUAAAUAUAAUAGAAAUGUUUUGGUAUGUAAUUGAGCUGAAAAUUGUACAUUUGAUUUGAUUUUUUUUUUAAAUUUAUUUAAGGAUGUUGUUA